AACUGUGACUUUGGAUCUAAAUUGGCUGACACUGCGACUAAGUCACGCGCUCAUCUCUAAAUUGCUGGCAAACAGGUUGUAAACAAAAGUGGCAAUAGCUGGAAAUUUGGAAAUUUAUAAAUAAAAGCCAUCAUUUUCUGCGCAUGUCUGUGUGAAAAUGCGUUUUCACAUGAACGGCAGCAGCGAUGAUAAUGAAAUUGUGGCUGCCACAGCUAGCGCCGAUCACAUACGCAAGUUUGUAUUCAGCUGCAACGUUGGAGGCGGCGCUGAAGCAGCCAUAGAACGCUUGGAAAUUAAGAUACCCGAAAUACUGCAGGGCGCCUACUCGUUCUACACGUGGCCAAGUGCACCAAUUCUUGCGCAUUUUUUGUGGGAACGCCGUCAAACUUUGGUCUGCAAACGGAUUCUGGAGCUGGGCGCUGGAACGGCGCUGCCCGGCAUACUGGCCGCCAAGUGCGGCGCUCAGGUGGUGCUCACCGACAAUUGCAUACUGCCCAAAUCUUUGGCACACAUACGCAAAUCCUGCCUGGCCAAUCAACUGCAACCGGGCAUUGACAUCGACGUCGUCGGCCUCAGCUGGGGUCUUCUACUGAACAGCGUGUUUCGAUUGCCUUCAUUGGACUUGAUCAUAGCAGCCGAUUGCUUCUACGAUCCCUGCGUCUUCGAGGAUAUCAUUGUGACUGUGGCGUUUCUAUUGGAGCGCAAUCGUGGCGCCAAAUUCAUAUUCACAUAUCAGGAGCGCAGUGCGGAUUGGUCAAUUGAGGCGCUGCUCAAAAAGUGGAAGCUGCAUGCGUCCAGCAUAAAUAUGGAUGAGAUUGGCAAGGAGUCCGGAGUGGAUUUGCUUGAGUUUAUGGGCGGGCAUACGAUACACUUGCUGGAGAUUACGCUCAUCGAGCACCAGCGAGUCGAAGAUUUAGUAGAGUAAUAAUAAAAAUAUGGAAAAUAAUCAAGCAACGAAUUAUUAUGUAA